AUGCGCUACUCCCCUACACUUCUCAACCCACCAUCAACAUGGCUCUCAUCUCUAAAAGCAUCCCAACUCCAAAAGAUCGCCCAAGCAACGGGCAUCCGCUCCGCCGGUCCCAAGGCAGCCCUAAUAAACCGACUGGAGACCGAACUCGCCCAAUGCGAGUAUCCAUCUCCAUCUUUAGUCUCCAAGAACAAGACCAAGACCAACCCAAAGAACCAAAAUCUAAGUAUCCUCAGUAUUGACAUGGGCAUCCGCAACCUCGCCUUCGCUCAUCUUCUCGUCCCUAGUCCCCAAUCUACCACUAGAGGGACGGCGAGUAUGACAACACCAACCCUAAACGCCUGGCGCAGAUUAGCUGUCUCGGAUCUACUACUACCAUCUGGUCCUGAACCUUCUUCACCGUCACCCUCUCUACCAGAGUUGGGGUCAAUAAAAGGCACAGAUUCAUCUGAUAUCGAUGAACUAAGCGAAUUUGCAUGCCAAAAGGACAAAGAUGGAAAAGAGAUGUUCCAUCCCUCGCCAUACGCCAAACAGGCGUAUAUACUAAUUACUACACUCCUGGAGAAAUACCAACCUACGCAUGUCCUCAUUGAGAGACAGAGAUUCCGCUCAGGAGGCGGCAGUGCGGUUCAGGAGUGGACGCUGCGGGUCGGUGUCUUUGAGGGUAUGUUGUAUGCUGUUUUGUAUGCGUUGCGGCGGGAGAGGGCAAGGGGGAAGCGGGGGGGAACGUCUUCCUGUGGUUCUGCGCCGGUGGUGCUCGGCGUGGAGCCGCAACGCGUGGUCCGGUAUUGGGGGGAUCGGCUUGGCGGGGAGGAAGUGGAGAAGAAGAAGAAGGAGGAGGAGGAGGAGGAAGGGAGGAGGAGGAGGAGUAGUAGUAGUAGUAGUAGUAGUAGUAAUACGAGGGAGGGGAAGAAGGUGAAGAUGGAUUUGGUUGGGGGGUGGUUGGAUGAUGCGCUUGCGGAUGGGGAGCGGGGCUUGAAGGUGGCUGUUUCGGGGGAUGAGGAGUUACAGGGGUGGGUUGAGGCGUAUUUGGCGAAGUGGAAGGGGAAGAAGAGGAGACGGGGAGCGGUGGGUGUGGCUGAUAUUGGGAAAUUGGAUGAUUUGGCGGAUUGUCUGUUGCAGGGCGUGACGUGGUUGGAUUGGCAUAUCAUGCGGGAUCGUCUCUUGCGGGAGGGGGUUGGGGCUUUGGAAAACUAA